AUGAACUCGACCAUUGCACGUUGCCUCGCAAAGGCCCCCAUUGGUGUCCGUGGCAUCCAUGGAGCUGCCAAGAAGGCUGUUCCUGCACCACGAGGUGAUAUCCAGGACCCAUCAGCAUUCCUCACAAAGAUUGGUCGCAACUCAGCCUCGCUCGCAGACAAGUUCAAGUCCUGGGAGCACCUCUUCACAGCAACACCCGCAGAGAUGAAGGCAGACAUGUCCUUGUCCGUCAAGCAGAGACGCUGGAUCUUGAACUGGACGGAAAAGUACCGCCAGGGAGUCGAGCCAUAUGUUAUUCCUACCAAGCCCGUUAAGAAGAAGUCCAAGUAG